AUCAUUGACCUAUAUAAGAUCCUAGUCGAGCGCAUGGCAGGUGAGUGACUAUCAGAGCUGUUGUUUACUCUGCGAGUGUGUCACGCCGGCAGCUCAGAGGGAAGAUGAGACGAAAGGACGAGGUGCCUGUGCGCUCUCGGCCAGAUCCAGUUCUCCCAGCCGCAUCGACUUCUGCCCAGAUGAGAGAGUGGAGCGAGUUUGAGAUGAAUUUUGCAGCCGGCGCUUUUCUCUCCUCCACGGAUGGAUACGACUCCACGGAGCAACUUCCUCUGUACGACAUGCUGCCUGACCCGUUCAGCAACCCAUUCCAGGACCCUGAGCUCCAGCUCCUCCCGUACAGCCCUCAACAGUACAACACUUCCAACUUCUCCGUCUACGGCUCCCCGUCCUCCUCUUCCAACUCCUCCUACUCGCAGCCCUGCUAUCCCCAGUACCAGUACCAUUACCAGGAGAGUCCCUGUGACCCAAAUGUGGAGCCCAGUCUCAUACCAGGGCAAGGAGCGACAGCACUGCCCCUUGGGCGGAGGUCGAGGGUGGGCUUUGGAGGACGGAGUAAAGGUCAAGAGGAGCUGUGUGUGGUGUGUGGAGACAAAGCCUCCGGGUAUCACUACAACGCUCUCACCUGUGAGGGGUGCAAAGGUUUCUUCAGGCGCAGUGUGACCAAGAAGGCUGUGUAUCACUGCAAGAGCGGAGGCGGCUGUGAGAUGGACAUGUACAUGAGGAGGAAGUGCCAAGACUGUCGGCUCAGGAAGUGUCGUGCUGUGGGAAUGCUGGCUGAGUGUCUACUAACGGAGGUGCAGUGUCAGUCCAAGCGGUUGAGGAAAGGCGGUAAAAGCAGAUGCCAGCAGGAUGAGGACACCAGCAGGAGGGUGACCUCGACCAGCAGACAACCUGGGCAGACUCCAUCCAGUCUAACUCAAGAGCAGCAUUUCAUUGUGGAGAGAAUGGUGGAGGCUCAUCGUCUGUGGAGAGCAGAGGACAGCAGCAACAGCAGGCAGCUGUUCGACUGGCCGUGCGAUGAAGACGGGGAGUGUUCGUCUGCGACUGUGUCUCCUCAUUUGUUGCAGUUCGCCAGGACCAUUCCAGGGUUUGAUUUGCUUGACUACGCUGAUCAGAGCUCGCUGCUGUCAGUCUCUUCUCUAGAGCUCAUAUUUCUGCUCUCAGCUGAGCAGUUCUCCAAUAACCCCACGGGUCCCAGUCCAGCCUUGCAGCUGUUCAGUCUGUCUGCAUGGCGGAGGAACAAUGAGUCGAAGGAAAACUUCCACAGUCGAGCAUCCACUAACUCUGGACACAGCGAAGAUCUUCUGGGUCCUGUCAUUAAUUUCUUUCACAGCAUGGGGGCGCUGCGGGUGACAGAAGCAGAAUUCACUCUUCUCACAGCCACCGCUUUACUCUGCUCAGACCGCCUGUCCCUGCUGGCUCCAAGCUGUGUGGAGAAGAUGCAGGAGCUGAUCCUGGACCUGCUGUCGAGGCUAUGCUGGUCCAAGACCGGUGCUGCGCGAGCAGGACCUAAGCGCUUUGGUUGCCUCCUUGGACGACUGACCGAACUGAGGACUCUUCGUCACAACUACCUCCUGCUCAUGAGACAUCGGAACUGUCGCAGCGACUUUUAGGAACUUGAUCAGUACAAACCAUUUCAAGAGUUACAAGCUUGUUUACAUUUCAAAUGUCACAGAGCACAAAAGAAGCACCAUAUUUCAAAAGGUUUUAAUAGAGUACUGGUUUUCCAAAAUGAGGGAAUACUGGUUCAGACAAAAUGUUUGGUGAGCAGAUAAAAUAUACAAUUCAAGCUUAUAGAGGUGUAUUUUUAGCGGGAUAAAAACAGGACUCUGCUGGACUUUUUUAAUAAAUAAAAUGGAUUAAAAAUGAAUUGGGGUCAGGCAGUAAUUCAUCAAGCCGAACACGGAAACUCGUCGGUUAAAAUGUUCUCAAAACAUGUUUUAAAUAACAUUUCAACGUCACCUUUAACUAAUAUAGUUGUCAUUUGAAUAGCUCUAUCUCUCAUAAAUAAAUUAUUUAUCUCUGUUUAAAAAGAGAAUUCAAAUAUAAAGAGUGUCGACCUGAAUGCACUCUCAGGUUGGAGCGCACACGCUCAUUAACACACGAUGCAACACGGUGAAAAUACAUCAGCAACACUUGCAGCAAGUUCAUUAUUAAACUUCACAACGAUACACAGCCUUGCUUUGUCCCUUGUGGGUUGAUUGAAAUACGCAUUAGGGAAAAAAACAAAACAUUAAAUUAAAUUGCGUUCAAUUACACACACCUAUGUACACAAAGAGUGCCACGGAAAAAAGUGUAAAA